AUGGUCACUCCCAGAAACUUGACCCUCUCCACCAUCUCCACCUCAGCGACGUGGAUACAGACCAUGAGAUCAUACUUGAACCUCACCAAGGUGCCCUGGAUGAUUAGAAAGCAGGAUGCCCUGGCCACAAUAGCCUUGGUGGCCCAGAACAUCAAUGGGAAGAAACCCGCAUGGGUCUUUGUCAAAGACAACUGGGAGUCCAUCCUCUCAGAGCACCGGAGCGUGGAGGCGAUCGUGGGGCUGCUGGAGGGCGUGACGUCCAGGUUCGCCACCGAGGUGGACCUGCAGGAGUUGAAGGCAUUCGACGCGAAAAUGGAGUCCGAAGGCCUUUACUUUGCGAGCCGCAUGCUGAGCAAGGCAAUAAGGCGCACCGCCUCGUACAUACAGUGGAGGAAAGAGAAUGAGAAGGCGAUCUACAACUGGAUGAGGAACAAUGUGUGAAGCCAACGCCCCAGGCUCCCCCAUCCCCUCACAUUUCGGUUGGCCCUUUGCAACCUCCUGCCUGUUUCCACCCCCCACCCCCAUUCACUCCCUCUGAAGCACGCCUCCUUGCUCCUCCAGUAGUGGGUGGGGGGUUGCAGGGGCACC